UGCGGGGAGCGAAAGGCACGGUGCGGUAAGCGCAGCGAUACCAUCCGCGCAGUACGUCCGACAGCGACGGCAGCGUCAACGCGCAUACUGACGAGCUGAUGAAACGCUCGGACGCGGACACGCUUUCUGCUCGCGGUUUUAUCCGACCACAGACCUAGAUAUCUCAUCAGCUGACGCUGCAGGCCGCGUCCGGAGUACGAGUCCCCUUAACCGAACCAGAAUCGAGCUUCCACUCUACAGUUCUCCCACCGCCCUAUCGGAGCACAGGACGAAGAGGAGACAGAAGCCGCAGCAGGCACUGUCACUGCGCCUCUCCGCAUCCUCUCCGCACUGCCCGCUCCCAGCACAAUGGCGCUGACCAUCUGCACGCGAUUCACAGAUGAAUAUCAGCUUUUCGAGGAGCUCGGAAAGGGGGCCUUCUCUGUGGUGAGACGGUGUGUGAAAAUUGCGUCCGGUCAGGAAUAUGCUGCCAAAAUCAUCAACACCAAGAAGCUAUCGGCCAGGGAUCACCAGAAGCUGGAACGAGAGGCAAGAAUUUGCCGGCUCUUAAAACACCCCAAUAUUGUUCGACUCCAUGACAGUAUCUCUGAGGAGGGCUUCCAUUACUUAGUGUUUGAUCUGGUCACUGGAGGAGAGCUGUUUGAAGACAUUGUAGCAAGAGAGUACUAUAGUGAGGCUGAUGCCAGUCAUUGUAUCCAGCAGAUUUUAGAGAGCGUUCAUCACUGCCAUGUUAACGGGAUUGUCCACAGGGAUCUGAAGCCUGAGAACUUGCUGUUAGCGAGUAAGAUGAAGGGAGCUGCAGUAAAGCUGGCAGACUUUGGUCUGGCUAUAGAGGUGCAGGGUGAGCAGCAAGCCUGGUUUGGCUUUGCUGGAACGCCUGGCUACUUGUCUCCUGAGGUUCUGAGAAAAGACCCAUAUGGCAAACCAGUGGAUAUGUGGGCUUGUGGUGUGAUCCUCUAUAUCCUGCUGGUGGGAUAUCCUCCAUUCUGGGAUGAAGAUCAGCAUCGUCUUUAUCAGCAGAUCAAGGCUGGCGCAUAUGAUUUUCCGUCUCCGGAGUGGGACACGGUGACUCCUGAAGCCAAAGAUCUGAUUAAUAAAAUGCUGACGAUCAAUCCAUCCAAGCGCAUCACAGCAGCAGAAGCUCUCAAACACCCCUGGAUCUGUCAAAGGUCCACUGUAGCAUCUAUGAUGCACAGGCAGGAGACAGUGGAAUGUCUGAAAAAGUUUAAUGCAAGGAGGAAGCUGAAGGGUGCUAUUUUGACCACUCUGCUGGUCACAAGAAACUUUUCAGCAGCCAAGAGCUUGUUAAACAAGAAGCCGGAUGGUGUCAAGGUCAACAACAAAACCAACAUAGCCAGCAGUCCCAAAGACACAGGCGCUGCUCCAGCACUGGAACCACAGACUACCGUAAUCCAUAAUCCUGUAGAGAGGAAUAAGGAAUCAACAGAGAGCGCCAACACCACAAUAGAGGAGGAAGAUCUGAAGGCUAGGCGUUUGGGAGGCUUCAGCAUUAGCUCAGUCUGGCAGUCCUCCGCCCGCCCGUUACCCCUGGAUCCCAGGCAGGUCCCCGUCUCCGCUAUGCUGACUUGCCAUGUUAUCAGUAAAGCUCGGAAGCAGGAAAUAAUUAAAGUCACAGAGCAGCUGAUUGAGUCAAUCAACAACGGUGACUUUGAGGCUUACUCUAAACUCUGUGACCCAGGCUUGACGUCCUUUGAGCCAGAGGCUCUGGGCAACCUGGUGGAAGGACAUGAUUUCCACCGCUUCUACUUUGAGAACGCCCUUUCCAAAGGGAAUAAACCAGUGCACACAAUCCUGCUCAACCCUCAUGUCCACUUGAUUGGUGAGGACGCUGCCUGCAUUGCGUACAUCCGCCUCACACAGUACAUGGACGGGAGUGGACGGCCUCGCACCAUGCAGUCCGAGGAGACCCGCGUCUGGCACCGCCGUGAUGGCAAGUGGCAAAACAUCCACUUCCAUCGUUCUGGAGCCCCCAGUGUCCCCACCAACUAAAGGAACUUUAAGCUGCAGUUUGUCCCCGGAGAAGAGAACCCACCUGUGUCUUACCAACUGGGGUCGUGUCCCUAAGACACACCCACUCCCUCAAACAACUCCUCCUUUACAUGUUACUGCACAUGGACCAGAGAUUUGACAUCCCAAACCCCACAAUCAAUGGGUCAUAGAAACACAUGGACAAUACUACAGGGGUGUGUAUUUUUAACACUUUAUGUUCUGUUUCUUUUUUUCUUAAGAUGUUUUGGUAUGCAUUUUAAAUGUAUAGAUAUGUAAAGAGAAUCCCUCCUUCUCCCACUCUCAACUGUAUUUUUAUGUAUUUAUGUGUGUGCAAUAUAAUCAACAUUUGAAAGAUAAGAAUGUUAAUAUUAAGCUUGCUCUUGUUCUGGUGAUGUAAAUAUGUUGUGGUUGUUGACAAAACUUUAAAAAAAAAACAAAACAUACUUUGAAUCUUAGCUCACAGUGAAAUGAAAGAACUUUAGUCAACCUUGUUAAAAGGCUUCGUUAAUAAGGCUAGGCUGAAAUUCUCAUUAAGACUGAUUAACCUUGAAAGACAGACGUGUAGAAACACUCUCUCUACAGGAGGGUGUUUGCCAAUGCUACUGAAUACACAUGUAUGGAUGAGAAUGUAGCGUAUCAAGCACACAAGUCCAGUGAGAGACGUGCAUGGACAACUAUUUUAAGAUCCUUUUUUCUUCUUUCUGUAAUUCCUGGCUUAUUGCAGCCUUUUCCCUUUGUUAUCAUAGGUAUUAAUAUUUAUUCAAAUGAGGGUGAUCAUCAUUUCAGUCAUUUUACAUAUCCAGCUUUGUCAUCAUACUUUCAGACUAAAUAUAGCCAACGAUUCCACCAUGAAGCAGCUGUCAGUUGUCCUGGGUUGUAAAGAUGUGAGGAACUGUUAUUUACACAUCUAUUGUAUUAAAUAUUUGAUCUUUAUGUAUACCAAUGGCAGUCUGAGUAAUCUGAGGCUUUAAGCACACUGCCCCCUAGUGGUGGCUGUCUGUCAGUGCGUCACUCAAAUGGAGGAUGAUGUGUAGGUGGAAUUGUCUUCCCAGAGGAAACACCUCAUCACUAAUACACUAUGCCAAUGCCAAGUUGGUCCAUUUUGUCAUUUUUUCUUAUGCCUUUUAUUUACUUUUUUUGAAAAGAAAAGUAAAACCUUUCCUUUGCAGAGGCUCCAAUCAUGAUGUUGGGGCUGUAAUGUAAUUUGUUGCCAUGAUGGCACUAGCAUUUCCAAGUACUUAAAGAGAACUACAAUAAAGGUGUGAUAUGUGCUGUACA